AUGGGUUUCGUCGAGAAGGCUAACCAGUCGGUGAAAGAUCUACAAGAAAAGUUCAUCGCUGGCUCAACGUAUCAGACCUCUACUCGUGGCGAGCGUCACAUUGAAGAGGCUCGCCCGUACGCGGAGGGCGUCUAUGCAAUCACGUCUACUCGACGGGCGUCUCACCUAGCCUACAUACUGACUAUCCCUUCCGAGAUUGGCGAGAUCCAAGAGAACUUUGGUCUCUAUCGGCGUGGUAGUUUCAUCGUCCAGUCUAAGAACCCAAAGUUUCCCGGUCCAUCGUUUGCCAGGUUGCCCAAGGAUCCUGAAUAUCCCGCAUCUGUUAUGGAGAAAUUCGAUGAUCUCCGAUGGGUGCCUCUGCAACCUGAGUUCAUCGAAUAUCCGAAUGCCCAGUUUUUGAUGAUCGGCGAGGCGCAGGACUCUUUAGGCAAAGCCGCCUCAGCUCAAGGUGGAAACCAGUCACAUGAGAUCGAGCCGGGAGAGGAGCUGGAGAAGAUGGAACAUGAAAAUGAGGAUCGAGUGCACGCUCUAGAAGGCGAUACAACUAUCUUCCGGGAUCUGGGCUUGGAUGCGAAGAAAUAUGCCGCCUUGCCGACGACUUGGGGCGUUGAGGAGAGUGGCGCUUGA